AUGGGUCAAAUGGCAACUGCUAUAAGUCGUUUAGAGGCUCAAGUUGGAGGGAAAUUGCCUUCUCAAACCGUGGUGAAUCUAAAGGAAAACGUGAAUGUAGUGACGCUAAGAAGUGGCAAGAAAAUGGAAGAACCAAACCUGAACAUUUCACGUGUAGCAAAGGAAGCAGAAAUUGAUGAUGAAAUUGAGACAGAAGAGGCUACAACUGAAUCAAAGUCAAAGAAAGAGGAGAAGGAUAAAGAAAUUUUGGAGAUGUUUCGCAAGGUAGAAGUGAAUAUACCUCUGUUGGAUGCAAUUAAGCUAAUGCCAAGGUAUGCAAAAUUUCUUAAAGAGCUAUGCACCAAUAAGCAGAAGUUGAACGGUGAUGAGAAGAUAAUAAUGGGAGAAAAUGUGUCAGCAGUUUUCCAAAGAAAACUUCCUCCCAAAUGCAAGGAUCCAGGUCCUAUGAAAGAUACUAGUGUUAUUAUCCAAUUGGCUAAUCGCACUAAUGCAUACCCUGAAAGGGUAGUUGAAGAUGUUCUUGUGCAGGUCAAUGAGUUAGUAUUUCCCACUGAUUUCUACAUUCUGGAUAUGGAUGAUUCUUCUUCUCCUGACCCUGUACCUAUCUUACUGGGAAGACCAUUCCUAAAUAUAGCGCGGACAAAAAUAGAUGUUCAUGAUGGUACCCUCACAAUGGAAUUUGAUAGUGAAGUAAUUCGUUUUAAUAUUUUUGAUGCCAUGAAAUACCCAACUGAUGUUCAGUCUAUUUUUGCUAUUAAUGUUAUUGAUUUUGUUGAUUCCAUAGCACAGGAGAUGUUUGAGCUAAAUAAUGCAGAUGAGUUAGAGGCUCCUACACUGGAGUUGAAGCCAUUAGCGGGCCAUUUGAAGUAUGUGUACUUGGGAGAGAAUGAGACACUGCCGAUAAUUGUGUUGAAGAAGUUAACACCAAUCAAGAAGAGAAACUGGUUCAAAUGUUGCAGGAGCAUAAGGAAGCGAUUGGCUAGACCAUAG